AUGGCCAAGACGGGGAACUCUAAAUCGGCCAAACCGAAGAUGCAAUGUUACAUUUGCGGCGUGCAGAGGACCACGAGAGGAUUCUGUGAUGAUUGCAUUUGCGAUGUAUGUUCAAAACCUGUGGAGAAGAUGGGAGACUCUACAUGUGGACAAUCCACCUGUAUGUGUCAGUGUGGAAACGUAUUGCCUUGGAUGUACGCUGAGAUGUGUAAGAGAUGUGCUGACGAGGCCGAAAAGAAAAAACAGCGUGAACAAGCCGCUGCUCAGCUGUCCGCCAACAGCUGUCAAGUGACGGCAGGAUCAUCCACGAAUCAGGUCAAGGAAAAGACUUCGCCUGAGAUUGACGCGGAGGGCUACAAAUUGGUUUCCAGAGGUCGUCCUGGGGUGAAGCAGUGGUACCAGACUGAUUGA